GGUGGGGAUGGGGAUGGGGAUGGGUAUGGGGCGGUUGGGAGGAGGAUGAGGUGGUUGGUGCAGGUGUUGAGUGGGGUGGGGAGUCUGUUUCUUUCGGGGGCGGAUUUUGAGAGGUAUUAUGGCGAGGGGGUUAGGCAGGAGUGUCGGUUUGAGAGGGUCGAGAGUGGCUGUCCGGCGUGUGUGUUGGCGGUGGUGGGGGGAAGGCAGGAGGUGUUGAUGGCGUUGAGGGCGAAUAUGAGGGCGAGGGGGAAGGAGGAGGAGCCGAGGUUGUUGGGGCUCGUGGAGGCGUGGAUGCCGCUGUUUGGGUGGCAUGAGCAGCGCGAGAUGAGGGCGCAGAGUGACGCGCUGGCUGCGGAGAUUAAGGAGGUGAGGCGUUGGAUGCAUGACCGGAAGGUCAGGAAGAGGAUGGAAAGGGGGGAGGAUCCCGAGGGGGGACGGAGCAAACACCGCGGCAAACUACCGGCGGGGACUAAGAUGGCGGAUGGUGUGCCUAUGCCGCAUUUUAGGCUGCCGACCGCCGGGCAGCAACAACAACAACAACAUCAUGGUAGCAAACACCGCGGUGGACUACCGGAGGAAACAAGGACUGUGGAGGGUGUACCUAAGAUUCGCGUUAACGUGCCGAACGGCAACCGCCAGAAUGAUGGUGUGGUAUACCAAGCCCCAGGCCCUGUAGAUGGGCCGGGGAGUGCAGUGCAUCUCGAACCCGCGUCGAACGGCGCGGUCCGGCAAGAGGAAAUUUGGUCCUCCGUCGUCUCGACCCUAGCCCCUUCUUCCUAUGCCGCUUCUUCUUAUUCCUCUUCUUCCGUUUGUUUGACUCCUUCCUCUUAUGGGACUCAUCUGCCCCAUCCCUCUUCUAAACCUUACCUCACCCCCUCCAUGUCCAACCCCUUUGCCUUUUCCUCUUCUUCUACCCUUCCGACUCAUACCUCUUCCACCACUGCCACCGUUGCCUCCAAGCCCAAAGUCGAUUUGACCGACAACUACAUCCCUCCUAGCAACAACUCGUAUGAUGGCCCCCCGCAAGGCGGUUUCCGCCCGCAGCGGCCUGACGGAGACAGGACGGCGAGGGGGACUGCCAACAAGUCCCCCCGCAAGAAACAGACGGGGCCGGGUGGCCCUGGCCAUCAAUCGACUGGGACAACUUGGAGUGGGCUCUAUAAGCGUUGAUGUCGCUGGCUGGUUGGUGUCGAGAGAUAUCAUCUAGGUGUAAGUAAAAGAAAACAAGAAGCAUGGGGAUCAAAAGCUAUUCGACAAAUAUUCGGAGUCCAAUAUGAAAGGAAUUAUUGUAGUGAUCUUUGUAGUGGUCGUUUGGAACAGGAAAUAAAUUGCCACUUUCCAUUCA